CGCCGACCCCUGUGAAUUGAGCUUGGCUAAGUAAACAUCACCGAGCUGCUAAUCACAAGGGCUGAAACAAAACAGCACUUCACUCCGGAUCUGGGCAAGAUCAGUCCUCCAGUCCUCCGGUUUUCCUUAGCAGCAACGAAGCGGGUCCCUCAGAUCUCGCAGUUUCCCCUCUUGUCUUUUCUCUUUCUGCUUUUCACAACCCUCCCCAGACUUUUUGGGGGGGGGAGAUUGAGAGAGAGAGAGAGAGAGACUUCGCGGACUGAAACUGAUUAAAGGCUGCGUUUGCUAGUUUCUUGCUUGCUUUGCUUUCUCCGGAGACAAGGAGAGGGGUGGGGGGAGAAUUUCCCCAGCCAUCUAUUCUAACCUGUCCAUGUUGUGAUUUUUGCAGCAACAGCUAGAUACAAUUUUCUGUCUUUUAGGGGGAAAAGUUGUUGGGGAACCCAGAUGAUGGGACUUCAUUGUUAUUAUUAUGGCUAUUUGCACGCCUUGCAAUUGCUCGCUUGGACUUUCCCCUCGGUGACAUUCGCUUCUUUCACGGAUGAAACCUUAGAGAGAGCCGCCAAAUCCGAAGGAUACUGCAGCCGGAUCCUGCGAGCCCAAGGCACUAGGCGAGAGGGAUAUAAUGAAUUUAGCCUUCGCGUGGAAGGCGAUCCGGAAUUCUACAAGCCCGGGAACAGUUACAGGGUAACCCUUUCUGCUGCCACUCCAGCCUAUUUUCGUGGAUUCACACUGAUUGCUUUGAAAGAGGGAAAAGAGGGAGAAAAAGAAGAAGACCACGCGGGAACUUUUCAGAUUAUAGAUGAAGAAGAGACACAGUUCAUGAGUAAUUGUCCUGUGGCUGUAACUGAGAGUACACCAAGGAGGAGGACACGCAUUCAGGUGUUCUGGACAGCACCGUCUUUGGGCACAGGCUGUGUAAUUUUAAAGGCAAGUAUUGUGCAAAAGCGAAUUAUUUAUUUUCAAGAUGAAGGAUCCCUCACAAAGCGAUUAUGUGAACAAGACUCAGCCAUGGAGGGUGUGACUGAUAAACCAAUCCUAGAUUGUUGUGCCUGUGGAACUGCUAAAUAUAGACUUACCUUUUAUGGAAACUGGUCAGAGAAGACACACCCAAAAGAUUAUCCACGACGAGCCAACCAUUGGUCUGCCAUCAUUGGUGGAUCUCAUUCAAAGAACUAUGUUCUUUGGGAAUAUGGAGGAUAUGCAAGUGAAGGAGUUAAGCAGGUUGCAGAGCUGGGAUCACCAGUCAAAAUGGAAGAAGAAAUUCGACAACAGAGUGAUGAGGUUUUGACUGUCAUCAAAGCAAAAGCACAAUGGCCUGCCUGGCAACCGCUAAACGUGAGAGCUGCUCCCUCUGCUGAAUUUUCUGUGGACAGAACACGCCACCUGAUGUCUUUCCUCACCAUGCUAGGCCCCAGUCCUGAUUGGAAUGUAGGACUGUCAGCUGAAGACCUGUGUACCAAAGAGUGUGGAUGGGUCCAGAAGGUCAUUCAGGAUCUGAUCCCAUGGGAUGCAGGCACAGAUAAUGGAGUUACCUAUGAGUCACCCAACAAACCAACAAUACCUCAAGAGAAGAUAAGGCCUCUCACAAGCUUAGAUCAUCCCCAGAGUCCAUUUUAUGACCCAGAAGGAGGCUCCAUUAAAUCGGUAGCCAGAGUUGUCAUCGAGAGGAUUGCACGGAAGGGGGAACAGUGCAAUAUUGUUCCUGAUAAUGUUGAUGACAUUGUCGCAGAUCUUGCCGCGGAAGCUCCGGAAGAUGAAGAUGACACUCCAGAAACCUGCAUCUAUUCAAACUGGUCUCCAUGGUCAGCCUGUAGCUCUUCCACAUGUGAAAAGGGCAAGCGGAUGAGACAAAGAAUGCUGAAAGCUCAGCUGGACCUCAGUGUGCCUUGUCCAGAAACUCAAGAUUUUCAGCCAUGUAUGGGCCCAGGCUGUAGUGACGAAGAUGGCUCCACAUGCAUGAUGUCCGAGUGGAUAACAUGGUCCCCAUGUAGUGUGUCCUGUGGCAUGGGAAUGCGUUCAAGGGAAAGAUACGUGAAGCAGUUCCCUGAAGACGGCUCUCUGUGCAAAAUGCCUACCGAAGAAACAGAGAAAUGUAUUGUGAAUGAGGAGUGCUCUCCUAGCAGCUGCCUGGUGACAGAAUGGGGGGAAUGGGAUGAAUGCAGUGCCAGCUGUGGGAUGGGAAUGAAGAAACGGCACCGCAUGAUAAAGAUGACCCCAGCAGAUGGAUCCAUGUGCAAAGCAGAAACCACAGAAGCAGAGAAAUGCAUGAUGCCUGAAUGCCAUACCAUUCCCUGUAUGUUGUCUCCUUGGUCUGAAUGGAGUGACUGCAGUGUAACGUGUGGGAAGGGGAUGAGGACCCGACAGAGAAUGCUGAAAUCUUUAGCAGAGCUUGGGGACUGCAAUGAGGAGCUGGAACAAGUGGAGAAGUGCAUGCUACCAGAGUGCCCUAUUGACUGUGAGCUAACAGAGUGGUCCCAGUGGUCAGAAUGCAAUAAGUCUUGUGGGAAAGGUCAUAUGAUCAGGACAAGAAUGAUCCAAAUGGAACCCCAGUUUGGAGGCGCUCCAUGCCCAGAAACUGUACAGCGUAAAAAAUGCCGAAUAAGGAAAUGCUUGAGAAACCCCAAUGUUGAGAAAAGGCGCUGGAAAGAGCCUCGUGAGAAGAGGAGAAGUGAACAAGUAAAAGAAGAUGUUGAUGGUGAGCAAUUCCCAGGUUGUAAGAUGAAACCAUGGACUGCUUGGUCAGAAUGUACCAAACUGUGUGGGGGUGGAAUCCAGGAGAGGUUCAUGACAGUCAAGAAGAGGUUCAAAAGUACUCAGUUUACUAGCUGCAAAGACAAGAAAGAAUUAAGAGCCUGCAAUGUCCACCCUUGUUAGCAAAACCUUAGGUUUUCAAAUAAUGCACUCCUGAGCUAAAUGUAAAAUCAACUUUGAUUUGAUUUUUUUAAAAAAGAUAUAAAUUGUGUAUAUUAGUCUUCAUUUUUGCAGUGUGGUUUGCUUAUUAGUCUUGCUGGUGCAAGAGAUCUAUUUUAUAAAUAUUUCUUCACGAAUGGAUGCUGAGAGUGGCUCCUUGAUGCUCCAGCUAGCCCUUAAUGCAUAAAACUAGUGAAAUCAUUGUGAAAUCCUAUAACUUUGAAAUUAUAGACAUCUCUGUGGACAUACCAUAGUCAUAGAAACAUUCCCUGAAAAUAAAAGGGAUGCAUGCAUAAGUGACAUUACAAACUUCAAUAUCUGUUUGGAUCCAGUUUCAAAAUAUCCAAAGCAGUGCCUCUGUGAUUACACAACUGUGCCAAGGAAUUACUUCAACAAUGCUGGUUCAAUAAUACUACAGGUGCAUAUUUGCAUAUUUAUCUUUUACCAUCACGGGUGUAAAAAUUGUAUUUAUAGCCAUUCGUGGACAUUUUCUCUCUUCCUUCAUGAAAAUGUUAGGAGCCCCUACAAAAUAAGCCACCUUUUGGUUCUUCCCACUUUCAAAAUGAGAAGUAAAUCUAAACUGCUCCUAUCUGAAUAGCCCAUGGAUAGGAAACAUAUAGAUGAGCCAGCAGGCUGCAUCUCAGAACACAUUUGUGUACACUCUCCCAAAGACAUAUGCUCAGUGAUAAGGUACAGGCAAACAAGUAGUCUCUUUAGAGGUUCUGCUUACACGGUGCAGAGCCUGGUCAAAGAGACCCCAGGCGCUCCAAGGAGAAAUAAGAGACUUCAGUUGGACCAAUACAAACGUAUCAUUUGAAUACCUGCCACGGGUAAACCAGAACCUUGACCUGCUAAGCAAUUCCAAGGAAGAACAGGAAGGAGAGAUUUCUCCGCUUUAUUUCAAAGCCUGCUUUUGCUUCUUUCUGAAACAGCAAUUCUUCCAUUUUAAUCGGGGGAAUAACCAGUGUCGCAGCACUCUCUCGGACUACUGGUACAGAUAUUAACCUUCUGCCCCUGACCUCAUUGUCACUGACUUCAUUGCUCCUGAGCCUACCAAACUUGGGUUUCUCACCAGUUCCUUGCCAGUCCUAGCACCAUGUUUCUUGAUGGCUACAGCACAUGCACAAAGUAGCUGCCUCAUGGAACAAAUAUGGUAGGGCUGUUGUAUAUAUCAUACAACACAAAAUUGCAUGGCAGGGUAAGAAGUGAUAGGGAUUUGGAGUUCAGUCAGUGAGAGCACUAUGGAAAAGAGGCUGCUUUCACUGAGUAGAUCCCUGAAGGACAGUCAGAGAGAAAAUGAAAUCCCCUGCAUUAAUAUUUUAAAAUGCAUUACACAAAUAGCAUUCCUGUAGUAUGCUCUUAAAUGGACUUCCCUUGAGCUAAUCCUGUAUCGUCUCCCUUAAAAGCCCCCAACGUUGGAUUACAUGUCCUAUAGGAAAAAAACUGGAGUGGAACUUAACUAAAAAGAGCCAUGAAGUUUUUGUGAGUUGAGUCAAAAGGGCAGGGAUUGAUUUUAGUCCCUCGCCCCAAUAUAGCCUAUCAAAUGGUGAAGAUAAUCAUUAAACAAAUGAACAUUAUUCAGAACGGAAUGCUCAUAAAAUGCUGAAAACAUGAGCCAUGAUAUGUGUUAACAGUGUCCCGAUAUUUACUUGAAUGAAUAUUCAACAAGCUUGGUUGUUUCUAUUUCCAUACCCACCACCCCCACCAACAUCACCCCAAAGACACAUGCACCCACAACACAAUGAAGAAGACAAAGAGCCACUCCAUUAGGAAGAAGUUUAAAAGAUUUUGAGGAACAAUCUCCCCAACAAGUCCAACUGAAAUUAUACAAUGUUUUGGUGAAUUGCAGUUUAACUCCAAUCCAUCUCCUGCAUUAGUAGUGGAAGGAAAAUGUGUGAUGGAUCCUGGGAUGAAGGAGAGUUCAUGCCACAUAAUUGUGCCAGAGAAACUCAACACUGAGCAUCAGACUGUGAAAGUGCAACCAUCAGACCACUUACUGAGGACAAAACACACCAUGAAGAAAUUUCCCCUAGAAUGCCAGGUAUUAUAGAGAAAGUUUUAGGCAGCAUGAUAAAAUAUAGAUAGUUGUAAAAUUCUGAUAUCAAACAGAUGGCUCCAUAUGUCUUCUCCUUCUCUUCAGCUCUCCUAACACUGACUCCAUUGUGUAGUCCUCAUUUUGAUUCCUCAAAAUGACAACAAUAUUGUUGCAUCUCUUAGUCUUGGAAUGAAACAAAAUGCAGACCUGCACCAACAUGAGUUGGCAGCGUCACACAGAGUAAGAACACCAAACUAAUGCAGGAAAAGGAAUGAGUUGUUCACCCAACUCCAAAUCCACCAAAGUCUUCCUGUUGCACUUGCCAUAUAUUUUGCUGAAACUAUUCUGAUUAUCUUUCAGUGCUGCAGGAUUUAUCAACAACAGCAGUAUGUGCUAGCAUACUGCCCCAGAGUAAAUUAAGUUUUUUGACACAGAGAGGUUCAUACAAAAUGGGGGAAAGGAAUACACAUUUGUCUCAGAUUGGCUGCUCUAUUAGCAUGUCUUCCAUCAUAAUGGCUAAUGUACUCAGGAUGCCAUUCUGAAAGGUUACCAUGAGCAAAUACUUGUGGAAAAGCUAUGGCUGCCUUCAGACGUCACAGGAACCUGAGGCAAACCCAGUUCAGGUUCUCCCCCCAAGACGUCCAAAUGAUGGGAACCAUGGUUCCCAGACCCAAACCUGGUAAUGAACCCUUGGUUGGAAUUAAAUGUCACUCACUCAACUGAGGGUCGCUUGUACAAACUGGAGUUAAAGGGAGUAAGCUCCUCCCCCCUCAAGGGUAAUUGGCUGCCAUAGCUGUCCUUCUUGCAUUGGAGGAAGCUUGCACAGCCAGUUACUCCCGCUUUGCAGUCUUCUAGAUCAGGAAUCCUCAACGUUGGGCCCCCAGAUGUUCUUGGACUUAACUCCCAUAAUCCCCAGCAAAAGGCCACUGGGCCUGGGGAUUAUGGGAGUUGAAGUCCAAGAACAUCUGGGGGCCCAACAUUGAGGUUCCCUGUCCUAUUUGACGGAGGAUGAUCAUCUGUGAGUGCCCCGAGGAAAUGGCUGCAAACUGCGGGUCCAUGGGACCCGCAGUUUGCUGUUCUGUCCGAAGGCAGCCAGUGUCUUCGUUAUCCAUGUAACCUCUGGUGAAGACUCCAACUUAUCUUGAAUGUAGGUUCAAGCUAAUACAAUCUAAUGCUAAUACAAUCAUGCUCAGAAAAGUCAUGGAGCCAAAUACCAUCAAUAUUACUUUUCUUCUAUGUAUAAUCCAUGCUAAAUCCAUGCUAAAUCCAUGCUAAACACUGCUUCAGAAUCAGCUCUCCUAUUGAAUGGCCAGUCUCUCUGCCUUAUAGGGGCUCAGUUCAACUGAAUUAAAACCUAAGAAGAUGGGUAUGCAUUUCAUUUUUGCUUACCACAGUCAGCCAAUAGAUAGCAGCUAUGACAGAGACCUCUUUAAUCAAGAGUAAAGACAGUGGCUUAGUUCUGACAGCCCCCCCCCCACUUUUCCAUCAGUGGGGCACACAUGCUGGCUUGGUAAGUAUGGAGAGCCCAUAGACAUGCCUACUAAAUUUGCAGAGCCAUCAUGUCCACAUUGUAGGAUGCUUCUCCCAUUGGAAAUAAGAUGUGCUUCUUAAGAGCCACAGAGGCUCUGCGUAUUUGCAAGGAGCAUUGAUGGACUCUCACUGAGUCUCAAACUCAGACUCUCAAACUCACUGAGUCAGCACGUGUGAAAGUAUCUAAACCACUAGAUUGAACACACAAACCUUGCUUGCAGUGUCAUCCAAGUUCUUAGGUCUUGUCAUGCUGAACUCAAGAGCAUCCUCCAGGAAAGUUGUUUCUAAUUCUAAAAAGGUAUCAGUGCACCCUCCCUCACUCCGAGAGACUUUCAUCUGCAUGCACAAAAAUAUACAGCCUCAUUUACAAAUUAAACUUACCCUCCCAAAUCCUUAGCACCUUCCAUCUCAUAAGACAUUGAAUCAAUUUGGCCUAAUUUUAAGGGCUGGAGGGCACCAAAGUGGGUUCCAUGCGUGUCAACUAGGAAUUUAUUGUGAAAUAACUUACUUCAUCAUAGGGAAUAUCUAUGGAGAAGUUAUUUCAAACUGAGAAUCUACACCAAGAAGCAAGGGAGAUCACCAGCCAAUCAUGAGAUAGAUUUAAAUAAAACAUAAUUCCAUCUUAAAUAUCCUAAGCUCAGUGGCUUACAUGAUGUGUAGUAUUAGAGCUCUGUAGUAUUGUACCCAGAGGCUGCUGCUGCUGCAGACCCCUCAGGCAGCCCCAACACUGCUCUGAAUGAGCAGUUGCAGUGAAUGGGGAAAGUGGCAGUAGUGCUGCUUAUAUAUGCUCAUUCAGAGCAGCAUCAGGGUUGCUUUAGGAGUCUGCAGCAGCAGGAACCCCGAGGUGCAGUGCUACAGAGGCAUAACACUGUGCCUCAUAUAAGCCAUUAACUCCUCAAAAAAAAGAGUAUCAGCCUAAUCUAAGAAACAUGCUUGUUAGGGAUGUGUGAAUCAAUUCAUGGCUGGAUCGAUUCAACUAAAAUCUGGCCGAUUCAAAUGAUUCAACCUCCAAUUGAAUCACCUUGGGAGCACUGGCCAGAUUCAAGAUAGAAUCAAAUCAACCUAGAUUCAAGUUCAAACCAAUCUGGUGAUUAGAGUCACUAUUUUGUCUCUGCAGUGCCAGCCCUCUGAGCUUCUCUUUCACUCUGAGCUUAGGAUAUUUAAGAUGCAAUUAUGUUUUACUUAAAUCAACUAUGUGUUCAUUUCUAGGGAUGUGCAGGGCGGUCCAGCGGUCCGUGGUCAAACUGAACCACCACCCCGGUUCCGUCGGACCAGAACCGGACCGUCUGGCAGGUCCACAAAUUUUUUAGGCUUUACAUAACGGCCGCGGCGGUGAUGAGGAAGGCCGGCGGGGGGAGAGAGAACACACGCGGACACACACACACACACACACACACCCAUGGCUUCAGCAAGCCCCCUGAAGGGGCCAAAGGUACUUCUCAUUUACUAUAAAAAAAAAUUUAAAAAUUCACAGACCAGUCUGGGAAUGGACCGGGGGAGGGGUUUGAUAGGGGGCCGGACCAAACAGGCCCGAUUCCGUUCGAGGCUGGUCCAGCCUCGAACCCAACCGGGCCAGACAGUUCCGUGCACACUCCUAUUCAUUUCCCCACAUUUAGAUAAUUAUUCAUUUCAAGUAUGUAUGAAAUGUGUAAUCACUGGAACAUGCCCAGCUGCAUUUAAGUGCAACAAAACAAAACAAAACCCUGCAUUAAAAUUGUGUCCGUUCUUUUGUUCUGUGCUUGUAUUAAAUGUUUGUAAUUGUCUUCAGAAGAGUGCUGGCUCCACUGAACUAAGUAUGAAUUGUGCGCCUGAUUUCAGUGGAGUUAAUACUGUAAUUCAUCUUUUACUGUUUUCAAUAUUUGACUGACACAGCUCAAUGGCUCUGCCAGCAAUUUCUUAAGUAUGACGAUUGGUUGGCUGAGUUCUCAAAAGAUUACUAUCAGAAAGUGCAAGAGAAAUUGCAGUUGAAAACAAUUUGGUUGUCCCAGUUUAUCUUGAUGGAUGUAUUCUAUCUUGAUAAAAGGUGGGAAAUGGUAUUUAAGCUUGUUACUUUUAGUAUGAAAAAGAACAUACUAAAACAAACCAAAAGGAAAACCAGAAUGACCCCAGUUCAGCUGAAUUAAUCACUUUCAGUGGAAUUAUCUUGUUCCAUUAGUUUUAAUGGGACUUAAUCACAAUCAACUUCAGCUGAAUUGUGGUCCUUAAUUUUUUUUUCUAUUAAAGAAGCAGUCCUCAAAGUGAUAUGGAAUAAUGCAUGGAAUUGUUGCAGUGUUAAUGUAAACAUUCUACUAGAAUAAUAUUUGCCAUACAUCAAUCAAUUAAAGAAAGAAAAAACCACGCUUGUUAUCUUCUACAGUAAUUCAUGCCUGUCACACACUCUGGAAUCAAAAGCACAGGUAUAGCUCUAGGAAUUUUAUACACCUCAUUUACCAUUUAUUAACAUUCUGUGUAUUUUCUUUUUUUACAUAAUCCAUAGAAACUUUACAAGCAAUGAAACAGAAACAUUAGGGGGCUUAUAUGUACAAUAGGUUUUAAUAAAAGCCACUUGGUUUUUUUAAAAACAAGAACAACCUCUUUGUUUUUAGGUUCUCUUUGUUGUUUUUGGUUCACUAUGGAAUUUCUGAGAAAGCUGUCAUGGAUAUAUUUCUUACCAAAGUCUUGUGUAGAUGUUUUGUAUGUAGUUGUCUGGCUAACACAUUAUUAUUUUGGAAUAAAGACAUCUUUACUAUGAAAACAA